AUGGAAAAGUUACGGGUUCUCACAAGACAGCUCAGGGAGGAGCAAUUUAGCAUUGCAUCUCAGAGACUGGAUCUAGAGGUUGAGUCAACAAAUUUGGGUGGUGAAAAUUUAAGUGACCCAGGCCAAGAGGACAUCCCUAUGGCGAAUGCAAGAACACUAAGGGAGCUGACUGCCCCAGAAUUACCCCAGCAGCCUCUGUGCAUCACAUUUCCAACUUUAGCUGAGAAUACCUCCUUCGAACUAAAGUCAGGAUUAAUUCACCUCCUACCCACGUUCCAUGGCCUCUCAGGUGAGGAACCCCACAAACACAUCCAGGAGUUUGAUGUGGUAUGCUCCAGUAUGAAACCCCCAAGAAUUACUGAGGAGCAGAUUAAACUCAGAGUCUUCCCUUUCUCCCUCAAGAAUGCAGGGAAGGAUUGGUUAUACUACCUACCUGCAGGUAGUAUCACCACAUGGGCCCAACUUAAGAAGAAAUUUUUGGAAAAAUUCUUCCUUGCAUCCCGGGUUGCAAGUCUAAGAAAAGAGAUAUGCAGCAUUAAGCAAUAUCCUGGAGAAUCCUUGUAUGACUAUUGGGAGAGGUUCAAUAAGUUGUACACUAGAUGCCCACAGCAUCAAAUUAGUGAACAACUAUUGAUCCAAUAUUUCUAUGAGGGACUCCAGUCGUCCGACAGGAGUAUCAUUGAUGCUGCUAGCGGAGGCGCAUUGGCAAAUAAGACCCCGAGGGAAGCAUGGCUGCUUAUUGAAGCUAUGGCAAAAAAUUCUCAACCGUUUGGUUUCCGUGAGAGUAACCCUACCCGCAGGGUUAAUGAGAUGGAGACGAUAUCUAUUCAGCAGCAGAUAUCAGAGCUGAUAUCUUUUGUUCAACAAUUAGCUGCGGGAAACAUGCACCAAGCAAAGGCCUGUGGAAUUUGCACAAAUGUGGGCCAUCCCACUGACUCGUGCCCUUUGUUGCAAGAGGAUGGGGUUGAACAAGUGAACAUGGCUGGAGGCGUGCCCGCGCCUCGAAGACCAUACGACCCAUACUCCAACACGUACAAUUCGGGUUGGAGAGAUCACCCCAAUUCCAACUAUGGGAAUAGGCUACAGAAUUCAUUCUCCAAUCGUCCACUAGGAUUUCAACAACCGUGGCAAAAGUCUCAAUCCUCGUCCUCUAGCCAGGGAGUUCCUUGA